AUGCCUCAAGGUCAGCUCUGCGCCCCUGAAAAUAGCCACCAGGCCCAAGAAGAGCCCGAGAAUCUAGAAGGUGCUCAGGCCACACCAAGAUUGAAUGAAGGCGCCAACCACCAGGUGGAGGAAAGGCCAAGAUCCUCCCGGGUGCUGUCCACCACUGAGAUCCUCAGAGAUCCUCUAAAUGAGAAGGUGCAUCUCUUGGUGUAUUAUUUGCUUUACAAGUAUCAAAUCAAAGAGCCCAUCAUUACCAAGGGAGAGAUAUUGAGAAAUGUCAUCCAAAUGGAUAGGAAUAACUUCCUUGAGAUCUUCAAGAGUGCCUCUCAGCACCUGGAGCUGGUCUUCGGCCUUGAAAUGAAGGAAGCGGAUCCCUACCAGCACAUCUAUGUCGUUGUCAACAAGCUGAACCUGAGCCUUGAUGUCAUGCUGAAUAAUGACAGAGGGGUCCCCAAGACGGGGCUGCUGCUGGUUGUUCUCAGCGUGAUCUUCAUGAAUGGCAAUUGCGCCACUGAAGAGCUGGUCUGGGAAAUGUUGAAUGUGAUGGGGCUGUAUCCGGGGAGGAAGCAUUUCAUUUUUGGGGAGCCUAAGAAGCUAAUCACCAGGAAUUUGGUGCAAGAAAAUUACCUGGAGUACCGCCAAGUGCCCGCCAGCGAUCCUCCAAGCUACGAGUUCCUGUGGGGUUCAAGAGCCCACACCGAAACUACGAAGAUGAAAGUGCUGGAAUUUUUGGCCAAAAUCUGUGAUACGGUCCCCACUACCUUCCCAUCCCUUUAUGAGGAGGCUUUGAGAGAUGAGGAAGAGAGAGCCCGCGCUGCAGCCAGGGCUCGUAGUGCUGCCAUGGCCAGGGCACGUAACGCUGCCAUGGCCGGGGCACGCUCCAGGGCCACAGGCAUGGGCCCCUCCCACCCCUAG